CCAAUUAUAAAGAGCUAUAAUAGCUGCCACAAAUUGGGAUCAAAACCAAUAUAUAUGUUUUUGGGUCUUGUGAUAUCUCUUUCUCAUCCACAACACCAGAAUGGGUCUGCAGAAUAUGCAAAAUCAGAAUAUGAAUUUAGUUUUGUCCACUGAUGCAAAGCCUAGGCUAAAAUGGACUCCAGAACUUCAUCAGAGAUUUGUUGAAGCAGUCAAUCAGCUUGGAGGUGCAGAUAAGGCCACUCCAAAGACUCUGAUGAGGGUGAUGGGAAUUCAUGGACUCACUUUGUACCACCUAAAGAGCCAUUUACAGAAAUAUAGGCUUGGGAAAAGCCAACAAUCAGAAAACUGCAGUGACAGUGUUCAAGAAGAUAACAAAGAGAUUCAGAGCAGUGGUGGCCAUUUCUGCACAGAUAUCAAUGAUGAACCUCACAGCCAGAUUAAUGAAAGCGUGCAGAUAGCUCAGUCUCUCCAACUGCAAAUGGAAGUGCAGAGGAAAUUACAUGAACAAAUUGAGGUACAGAGACAUCUUCAGCUACGAAUUGAAGCUCAAGGGAAGUAUUUACAAUCAGUACUAAAGAAAGCACAUGAAACUCUUUCUGGUUACAAUCCUUCAUCAGUGGGUGUAGAACUUGCUAAGGCUGAAAUCUCUCAGUUAGUUUCAAUGGUCAAUAGUGGCUGCCCCAGUUCUUCAUUCUCAGAGAUAACAGAAACAGGAACUCCAACACUAAAAGACAUCAAAAGGAAGCACAUUAGAGGCACAAUGUGUUCCAUGGAAAGUUCCCUCACAUCUUCUGAAAGCUCUGGGAGGAAGGAAGAGAAGUCUAAUUCAACCUGUGUAGAACUACCAUUAAUGGAAAUUCACCCAGAAGUGAAUCCUUUAAUUAAUGUUACAAGCAAUCAAUAUCAUGGGAUUGGGAAGAAGAGAAGUAUAAGUAGUUCCAUUUCUGAUGAGUUGUGUGUUGAGCAACCAGUUGCUAAAAGAUCAUCAGCAACACGAAGAGAUAAAAUUGGCAACCAUCUGAGAAUGGUUACAAUUGAUUUGAAUAGCAAGUAUCAGAAUGACAUUGAUUCUAGUCCAAAAGUACUAGACUUGAACUGCAAGGAAAUUUAGUACUUUAAAAUGAAACCCACUGGGUUUAGAGCUAAUCUUGUAUUAUAUACUAUGUACAUUGUCAUAUGUAUGGACCUUUUGAAAGCAUAUUCAUAUUCAAAAGAA